AUGUCACAACCAGCCUUUCUGCCCGACACUCAGCAGUACCCUGUCAGCUUCGCUAAACCUAGCGAGCGAGAAUUCUAUAAGUACUUGCCGCCGUACCACCCGAAAGCGCACUCCCUUAAUCAUUUCGGACCGAUCACCCCUUCCGUCGAGCAUGUUGCACGUUCCUCCGUCGAUCCUGUUUUGACGGCGUUUGCUCAAUUGGGAACCUUGCGGUUGAACGUGCAGCGGGCGUUAAUCUCGCUUUUUGGCCCUGACGAACAGCACGUCCUCACGGAAGCGACGCGGACCCUCAGUCUUCAAGAUGACACCGACCAUAAUGCCCAUGAUCAGCUUUGGGUUGGAAACUGCACCUUGUCAUAUGAGCGCAGCUUGUGCAAAAUGGCGAUGGAUUCUGUCCCCCAGACGGCAAAUUCAGGGGACCGGGUCAUUGUUGUGCCAGACCUUGCUAUGGAUGAGUCCUUGAAAGGUCACACGGACGUCACAGACUUCCCAAACAUCCGGUUUCUAGCAUCCAGCCCUAUCAUUAGCCCGAAAGGAGUAAUCAUCGGAGCCUACACCCUGUUGGACAAUCGACCGCACAAUCCUCUAGAUGCCGAGAUGCUGAAGUUUUUGGUCGACAUCUCAACCACUGUCAUGGAUUACCUAGCGACAACCCGAUCCAAAGAACAGCAAUUUCGGAGUGAGCGUAUGCUUGUUGGUCUUGGGAGUUUUCUAGAAGGGAAAGGAAGUCUCCGUAAUUCUUGGCUUGUCGAACACGAAGGCUAUGCUCAAUCACUCGAAACCCCGGACACAGAGGGGCACGUCAAUUCAAAUCAGCAACGAAUCCAGCUUUCCCACAAUGCAACCUCGGACAUGCUGCAGAAUCCCCCACCAAGCCACCUGCCUUUCCGUCCCUACAAUCUGCACAUCCCUGAAGGCAGACGCACUCCGGCCUCCAAUAAAACAUAUGACGCCUCAGGCAUUGAAGAUACCAAGGCAAGGUACGCUGAGGCGCAAAAGAAACUCAGACGAGCAUCCCAAGUUGCCAUGAACAAUGGGACCGAACACGUGCCUCAGCAGUCACCUAGAGAAGAUUACGCUGCUAAAGUGAAGGAAACCUUCUCUCGUGCAUCUAAUCUUAUUCGUGAAAGCCUCGAGGUGGAGGCCGUGGUCUUCUUCAAUGCCAAUUUUGGUUCUAAAGAGGCUUUGGUGAAUGAUACCAAGUCGGAUCCCGAAACCAGCAGCAGUCUUGAGAGCUGCUCAUCUGGCGAUGAUGAUUUCAAGUCUCGGGGAACUAGACAUCAGGGUCCAUGGGAUCCGGCAGUAGCUGAGGACUCUGGAAAGUCUGCAUUGAACCCUUGCGAAAUUCUUGGAUUCUCGACUUCAAGCGCCUCUAGCGUAAAUGAUCAAGUGACAGGUGAUAACAAAAUUGCAUUGUCCGAAUAUUUCCUCGCCGCUCUUUUGCGUCGUUAUCCCCGUGGGAAAAUCUUCAACUACGGGACAGAUGGGGCGGUAUUCUCCGGCGACUCCAGCGAGGGAGUCCUCAAGAAAUUCUUCAGACGAACUGGGGGCAAAAAGUACAAGAAGACACGGAAAUCACGCAUGCGCCAGGAUGCCCAAAAGCUGUUACAGCUUGCUCCAGACUCUCGGAGCAUUGUGUUCACACCUUUGUGGGACUCGCACAAAGGCAGAUGGUAUGCCGGUAGUUUGACUUGGACAAGGGCAGCACACCGUGUAUUCACCCACGAUGAUGAGUUGGUAUUUCUCCUGUCAUUCGGAAACAGUGUCAUGGCAGAUGUCCACCGACUUGGAGCUCACUUCGCCGAUCGCGCGAAAUCCGACUUGCUCGCAGGGCUCAGUCAUGAACUUCGAUCCCCUCUUCACGGAAUUUUCGGUACCUCGGAGCUUCUCGGUGACACCGUUUUGGACACGCUUCAACGAGGAUUCGUCCAUACAAUUUCUUCCUGUUCCUUCACGCUACUUGGGUCAAUCAAUCAGCUUUUAGAAUUUGCUAGCAUCAAUGAUGUUCAACCGAGCUCCGUUGUCAAAACUCCCGGCGGUGGGCUGAAUCCCCCUUCAGGUGGACCAACCAGUGCAGUUCGCCGGUUCUCUCAUUCGGGAAAAGUCGAUAUAGAUACCUGCGUUGAGCUUGAUAGUGCUGUCGAGAACGCGAUCGAGACGGUCUUUGCUGGGUACUCCUUUGUGAACAACUCACACUCAUCUCUUCGUCAUGUUGCUGGCCAUUCGACAUCAAAUGACGAAACCUUUGACACGAAAGGUCGAGUCAGGGUGAUUUUGGACAUUGAUAAUCAUCAAAAUUGGAAAGUUUCGACCCGCCCGGGGGCCUGGCAUGUGAUUGUUACCAACAUAUUCGGCAACGCCUUGAAGUUUACUCGACAGGGGCACAUAUAUGUUUCAAUGAAGGCUACGCCGGUCGAACUGGCAGCAGAAGGCCAGGUGUUGAGCUCAAAGAUCACCAUGACCAUCAAGGAUACAGGGUGUGGCAUUGACUUGGAAUAUUUGAAAAUGGGGCUGUUCACUGCAUUCUCGCAACAAGAUAGCAUGACAACUGGCAACGGCCUUGGGCUCAACAUCACUCGCCGCAUACUCAAAUCACUUGGGGGCAAUAUUCAGGUCAACUCACAAGAAGAUGUCGGCACAGAAGUUGUCGCGAGUGUGACCUUAGAUCACGUUUUUGAAUGGGAGACCUCCAACCAAAUGGAUGGCCAGUUUUCCAUGAUCGACACGAAGGAACUCACGCGGGCCAAAUCUAUUGGAAUAUUGGGACACGAGGAAUCUGUCUCGGACACAGCUCUGCAUGCAUCCGUGCAGAAGGUGUGUCAAGACUGGCUGGUUAUGGAUACGUGCUUCAUUGCCCCCUCGCAGGCCCAAUUCGCCCAGUGUGACUUUUACGUCUCUCUUCAUGAACACCUUGAUGCUGGGAAUUUGCAACUUCACUCAAUCGCCCCAUCUCCGAAAGAACGCUUUUCCUCCCCGCUUAUCAUAAUAUGUUCUUCUCCAAAGGUCGCGCAUGCUAUGUUUAUGGAAAAUCGGAGGUGCAAGGACCCAGCUGUCCUCGAAUUUAUCAGCCAACCGUGCGGGCCACGAAAACUGGCGAAGACAUUGGAAACCUGCAUCAGACGCCAACAACAGCGGUUAGAUUCUGUUUCAGAUGAUGGUGUGUCAGAAUUAUCGCCGGCCACAUCGGCUCCUUCUAGCUUGGAUGAUCCUCAGCGAGAUCCUUCCACGGCUUUCCCAAAUCAACUGUCCAACACGGAAGUCCCAGUCAGUGUCAGUGUGAUGGAUUAUGCCGCUAGAAAUUCCGGCAGGUCCAGAAGCAACUCUCCGCGGUGCUUAGACAGUCCUCGGGGCCCUCAGUCCUUGUCUAGGGAUACAUCAGACACACCACACGGCGACUCAAUAUGUGAUCCCGCACUGCAACCUCCCACAAUUGUUCUCCUCGUCGAUGAUAACGACAUUAAUCUCAGGCUUCUUAUCGCUUUUAUGAAGAAAUUGAACUGCGAUUAUAUAAUUGCCCAAAACGGAGAGGAGGCUUUGGAGGCUUUCAAAUCCAAUUCUUCCAGCAUCCGCAUGAUUCUAAUGGAUAUCUCAAUGCCCAUCAUGGAUGGCCUAGAAUCUACUAGGCGCAUUCGAGAAUUCGAGAAAACAUUGGAAAACAAUCACCGUGUCACCAUCGCUGCACUCACUGGCCUUGCACAGGCUGAAGUGCAACGUGAUGCCAUAGGCUCUGGUAUGGAUUUGUUUUUGACAAAGCCGGUCCGACUGGAUAACUUAGUACCUAUCAUCAAAGGGGUCUUGCCCAAAUCCCAUUCCUUGUGGCAGCAACAAAACACCUGA